AUCUAAUUAACAUUAAGAAAUGUUAAAAUAAAAUAAAAAUGGAUAUAAAUAAUACUAGAUUCUGCCGGUUCUAAAGUUGCCUGUCGUAUUCUUACACGCGACUACAAGUUUGACAGUACGUCGUAAGGGUGGGGGCUACAGUGCGCAGCCAUAUUGGCUACUUGUGACUUUUGGGAGGAAGCGAGCAAAAAAUAAUACAACUUUUCUCAUUUCUACAUGAAAAAAUGUUACCUUCGAGGAUUUUUCAUUGAUUUCACACGUUGGUCUUGUUAGCGCGUACACGAUUAAGAUAAAACGUGUGAUCAUUUAUACAAGCUCAACCUUUUUUACGAAAAAUGAGUUUCUUUGGGUUCGGUCAGUCGGCUGAUAUAGAGAUUACUUUGGAUGGUGCAGAAACCAGGAAGACUGCAGACAUUAAAUCUGAAGACGGUAAAAAAGAGCGCCACUUGUUAUACUAUGACGGUGAAACCGUCUCUGGGAAGAUUAAUAUUAGUCUCAGAAAAGCUGGUAAAUUGGAGCAUCAAGGUGUAAAAGUAGAAUUUAUUGGACAAAUUGAAUUAUAUUAUGAUAGAGCAAACCACCAUGAGUUCAUAAGCUUAGUUAAAGAAUUAACCGGGCCAGGAGAAUUAACUCAUAAUACAGUGUAUACUUUUGAAUUUGCAAAUGUAGAAAAAUCAUUUGAAAGUUACACAGGAUCUAAUGUACGACUAAGAUAUUUUCUUAAAGUCACAAUUGUACGAAGACUUAGUGAUAUUGUUAAAGAACUUGAAUUAGUUGUGCAUACUCUUAGUUCCUACCCAGAUAUGAACAAUCCUAUUAAAAUGGAAGUUGGAAUUGAAGACUGUUUGCAUAUCGAAUUUGAGUACAAUAAGAGCAAAUAUCAUUUGAAAGAUGUUAUUGUUGGGAAAAUAUAUUUCCUUUUGGUUAGAAUAAAAAUCAAACAUAUGGAAAUUGCCAUAAUAAAACGGGAAACUACUGGUUCUGGUCCACAUACGUUUACGGAAAACGAAACUAUAGCGAAAUAUGAAAUAAUGGAUGGAGCACCUGUUCGGGGCGAAUCUAUUCCAAUAAGAGUAUUUCUAGCAGGGUAUGAUUUGGCACCUACAAUGCGUGACAUCAAUAAAAAAUUCAGUGUUAAAUAUUAUCUUAAUUUAGUUCUCAUGGAUGAGGAAGAUCGUAGAUACUUCAAACAACAAGAAAUAACAUUAUGGAGAAAAGGUGAAAAAAGUAGAAAAUUUCCACAUAUGCCAUCGCAUUUAGUAUCAGCAGAAACGGGAUUUCCACAAGGUGCUGCUCAAAAUGGACCACCAUCUGUAUCUGCACCAGCUCAACCAGGACAACUGCCAUCCGCUAACAUUACUAAUGUAGAGGAUGCACAGGCGCCAAUAGAAAGCAUGACACGCGAAGAAGGAGAUGGUGAAGGUGCAAAAGAAGUUAAUUCUGAAAGUAACUGAAUUUUUGCAUACAAUACAGUUACUAAAGUCAAUGGAAGUUUUACUAAUUCAGAGAAUAAGUAACAACUCCGCACGGAACUAGUAAUUUUAAAUGAAACUCUUCUUGUACUGUAAAGAGAGAUUGAAUUUUAGGAACUAUGAAAAAUUGAAACAUCUGCGAGUAAAGUUGUAAAUAUUUUGGAUACCUAUAAAUAAUGCGGAUGAUUAAAUUGAAUAAGUAGCCAAUUAUCGAUCAAAAUUUCAAAUUAUCGAGAUCUAUAGAUAAUGUAUUAUGGCGUCUGAUGGGACAGACCUGAAAUAAUUAAACAAAAAAAGAUAAUAUAAAAAAGAAUAA